AUGUAUGAGGUGAGAACGCUGUUCUGUUUUAGGAUGCGCCAUGAAGCCUUCUACAGCGCAGCACCCCUCACCUCAGCAGGCAUCAUUCCCAUCAUGCAGUCUCUGUGUCCCGACGGCCAGAGGGACGAGUUUGGCUUCCUGCAGUACAAGAACUCCACUGUGACCCAGUUGUUGGAGCGAAUUAGUGAUGUGGUGUUACAGAACCACCUGUUCACAGCAGACAGGCCAGGACUGGGCCAGGAGCUGGAGUCCCUGCAACAACACCUGGAGAGACUCAGCACGUCCACAGGGCCCUCCCCGCUGGACAACGGCUUCAACACCAGCCAAGAUCUGACACUGGUCUUCAACAUGAUAUUUGGCCUGUACCCCAGAGCUGGAGAGGGGAGUAGUCAUACUUCUGAAGGGGCAGAAGAGACCGCACAAACCCCUGCAGAGAAGAUCCUUCAACUGGAGGAGACGCUUCUGGGAGCCAUGCAUAGUCUGGACGGAGGACUGAUCCACAAAGCUUUACGAGACCCAACCAAAGCAGCCCAUCGGCAGYGCCUACUCAAACUCAUGUCUCAGGCAUUAGGCCUAGCAGGAGGAGGGGCAGGCCAGAGCUACGAUCCCCAGGGACUGAAGGAGAUGGAGGGUGUUCUCCUGACUGGUGCCAUGUUGGAAAUGCUUACUUGUGGGGAGGAUGGGACUGGUGAGCUGAGCAAGAUCCUAUUGGUUCCUGAGAAGCAGCAGUCCAUGCUCCAGGCCUAUCGCAGCACAGUGUGUGGUGGCGCUGAGGGACAGAGGACUGAGCYCUUUGGAGAGAUGAGCCAGGAGCUGAGAGACCAGAUAGACACACAGAGCCUCAUUGACAAGCUGCGUCUGGAGAAGGUCAACUCCUCGGCUCCUCUGUCCCGGUCCCACCUGGGUGCUCUGCUGAAAGACCUGGCRGACGUGGAGAGGCUUGUCAGGGACGUAGACCUGCUGUCAGGCCUGGCUCGCCUGCUCCCUAAGGGGGCCUGUGCUGGGGGUCAUACGGCCCCUGGGGCCCCCGCCAACACCACCACCUCCUGGGCCCGCAACGCCACUACCUGGGGGCCCAACACCACUGAGACCCCUGGGGAGGAGGGAGGAGAGGAGGAGGGUGGAGGACGAGAGAAAGAGAAAGGGAAAGAGAAUCCUCAUUCACAGUUUUCUGCUUUUGUACAGCUGUGGGCAGGGCUGCAGCCUAUUCUGUGUGGGAACGAUAGGAUCAUUGAGCCUGAGGCUUUGAAGCAGGGGAAUAUGAGCUCUCUGGGUUUCACCAGUAAAGAGCAGCGCAAUCUGGGUUUACUAGUGCAUCUGAUGACUACAAAUCCCAAGAUCCUCUACUCUCCCGUUGGCUCACAGGUGGACAAAGUCAUUCAGAAGGCAAAUGAGACAUUUGCGUUUGUGGGGAACGUGACUCACUACGCCAGGGUGUGGCUCAACAUCUCUGCCCAGCUCAGGACCUACCUGGAGGAGGGCAAGCUGCACCACCAGCUGGCCUGGCUGCAGCAGUUGACCUCUAACCUGCGUGGUCACCCGGAGCUGCUGAACGGGACGGACAGUGACCUGCUGCGUGGGCUAAUGGAUGGCAGCUACACCCUGUCCAACACCUCCACCCUGCUGGAGCAGCUGGACACCAUCGACGACGCAGCCUGCGGCUGGACACACUUCAUGUCCAAGGUCAGUGUGGAUAUCUUCAAGGGUUUCCCUGAUGAAGACAGCAUCGUCAACUAUACCCUGAACCAAGCCUACCACGAUAACAUCUCAGUGUUUGCCAGUGUGAUAUUCCAGACCAACAGGGAUGGCUCCCUGCCUCCUCAUGUCCUCUAUAAGAUCAGACAGAACUCCAGCUUCACAGAGAAAACCAACGAGAUCCGCCGGGCCUACUGGCGCCCGGGGCCCAACACAGGGGGAAAGUUCUACUUUCUCUAUGGCUUUGUGUGGAUCCAGGAUAUGAUGGAGAGAGCCAUCAUUAACACGUUUGUGGGUCAUGACGUGGUGGAGCCUGGGAACUAUGUUCAGAUGUUCCCCUACCCCUGCUACACCAGAGACGACUUCCUGUUUGUGAURGAGCACAUGAUGCCUCUGUGCAUGGUGAUCUCCUGGGUGUACUCUGUAGCCAUGAUGAUCCAACACAUUGUGGCUGAGAAGGAGCACCGGCUCAAAGAGGUGAUGAAGAUGAUGGGCCUGAACAAUGCGGUCCACUGGGUGGCCUGGUUCAUCACUGGCUUCGUCCAGCUGUCCAUCUCCGUGACCGCCCUGACGGCCAUCUUGAAGUARGGCAGAGUGCUCCUCCACAGUGACAUCUUCAUCAUCUGGCUCUUCCUCUCCAUCUACGCCAUCGCAACGAUCAUGUUCUGUUUCCUGGUGUCCGUGAUCUACUCCAAGGCCAAGCUGGCGUCUGCCUGUGGCGGGAUAAUCUACUUCCUAAGCUACGUCCCCUACAUGUACGUGGCCAUCAGGGAGGAGGUGGCCCAUGACAAGAUCACCGCCUUUGAGAAGUGCAUUGCUUCUCUGAUGUCGACCACAGCGUUCGGCCUGGGCUCUAAGUACUUUGCCCUGUAUGAGGUGUCAGGAGUUGGCAUGCAGUGGCGCACCAUCAACCAGUCGCCUGUAGAGGGCGAUGACUUUAACCUUGGUCUGUCCAUGAUGAUGCUCAUCAUCGAUGCCAGUGUGUAUGGAGUACUCACCUGGUACAUAGAAGCUGUGCAUCCAGGGAUGUAUGGGCUGCCCCGGCCGUGGUACUUCCCCCUGCAGAAGUCCUAUUGGCUGGGCAGUGGGCGUGUGGAGACGUGGGAGUGGCCUUGGGGAGGAGCAGCCAGGCUGAGUGUCAUGGAAGAGGACCAGGCGUGUGCCAUGGAACACCGGCGAUCUGAGGAGAUGCGUGGUAUGGAAGAGGAGCCCAGCCACCUGCCCCUGGUGGUGUGUAUAGACAAGCUGACCAAGGUGUACAAGACGGGCAAUAAGCUGGCUCUCAACAAGCUGAGCCUCAACCUUCAUGAGAACCAGGUGGUUUCCUUCCUGGGCCACAACGGAGCCGGCAAGACAACCACCAUGUCUAUUCUGACAGGUCUGUUCCCGCCCACCUCGGGCUCAGCCACCAUCUACGGCCAUGACAUCCGUACUGACAUGGAGCGGAUCAGGCAGAACCUGGGCAUGUGUCCGCAGCACAACGUGCUCUUUGACAAGCUCAGCGUGGAGGAGCACCUGUGGUUCUACUCCAAACUCAAAGGCAUGGCCGAGGAGGACAUCCGCAAGGAGAUGGACAAGAUGAUCGAGGAUCUGGAGCUGAAUAAUAAACGGCACAGCCUGGUGCAGACUCUGUCUGGAGGAAUGAAACGGAAACUGUCCGUAGCCAUAGCGUUUGUGGGCGGCUCCCGGGCAGUCAUCCUGGAUGAGCCCACGGCGGGGGUAGACCCUUACGCACGCAGAGCCAUCUGGGACCUCAUCCUCAAGUACAAACAGGGCCGCACCAUCCUGCUGUCCACCCACCACAUGGAUGAGGCUGACCUGUUAGGAGACCGCAUAGCCAUCAUCUCCCAUGGAAAACUCAAGUGCUGCGGCUCCCCACUCUUUCUCAAGAGCACCUACGGAGACGGCUACAAACUCACCCUGGUCAAGAAACAGAGUGAGAGCGGCGACCAGGUCACCCAGCCUCCAUUCUUCCUGUCUCCCUGCUCCUCCUCCUCCCUGUCUCCCUCCUCCUCCCUGUCCCCCUCCUCCCUGUCUCCCUGCUCGGAGGCUCGGGUCACCAAGUUCAUCCGUCAGUUCGUGGGGUCCUGCCUGCUGGUGUCUGACUCUAACACUGAGCUGUCCUACGUGCUGCCUUCGGAGGCUGUCAAGAAGGGAUGCUUCGAGAGGCUCUUUCAGGCGUUAGAGCAGAAUCUGGACCACCUGGCUCUGACCAGCUUCGGGGUGAUGGACACCACUCUGGAGGAGGUCUUCCUCAAGGUGUCAGAGGAGGACCAGUCCCUGGAGAACAGUGAUGCUGACAUGAAGGAUUCCCCGGGCGGUAGCUCAGUGGGGAAGCCUGCUGCUGCGGUGGUGGGUCUGGGGGCCCCUGGAGGGCCGCAGGGUGAUGGCCCGGGGCCGGGGGCUCCUGCAGGAGGCAGCAGCAGUGUACUGAGACCAGGGGUAGAGCUCAGUAACCUGGUAAACUGCUCCAGGCUCAGCCAGAGUCAGUCGUCCCUGCGCUCCUCCUCCUCCCUGGGGUCCGUGCGGGGGGACGAGGGGGGGCUCUACACAGACUUCUACGGAGACUACUGCCCCCUCUUCGACAACGGACAAGACCCUGACUCUACCAGCCUGACGGCGGAAGCGGAUGAGACCUCUGGCCCUGAGCAGCCUGUGGUUCUGGAGGGCCAGGGCAGCGUCAAGCUGGAGGGGUGGUGGCUGAGGCUACGUCAGUUCCAUGGCCUCAUCGUGAAGAGGUUCCACUGUGCCAAGAGGAACACCAAGGGUCUUUUCUCUCAGAUCCUGCUGCCUGCGUUCUUCGUCUGUGUGGCCAUGACCGUAGCCCUGUCGGUGCCUUCCAUCGGAGAUCUGCCACCAUUGGUCUUGUCUCCAUCACAGUACCACAACUACACCCAGCCUCGUGGCAACUUCAUCCCCUACGCCAACGAAGACCGCCCACAGUACAGCAGUAAACUGUCCCCAGACGCCAGCCCUCAGAAGAUCGCCAACACGCUCCGUCUGCCUUCUGGUGUGGGCGCCACCUGCGUCCUCAAAACGCCCUUCAACAGCACCCUGGACCAGCUGGCACAGACGCUCAACCCCAGCGCCAACAACUCCAAAACCUUAGCUGCCCGCUACUUUGACUCCAUGUGUCUGGAUUCCUUCACCCAGGGAGUGCCCCUGUCCAACUUCGUACCCCCUCCCCCCUCGCCAGCCCCCUCAGAUGACCCCGACCCUCGCUUUGAGGAUAGACUGUGGAACUUCACUGCUGCCACUCUUACCACUGUCCGGGAAACAGUGACCUCUCCCCCCACCUUGCCUCUGUCUAUCCGGGAGCCGGUUCGUUGUAUCUGCUCCAUGCAGGGGACGGGCUUCUCCUGCCCCAGCGGGGUGGGGGGGCGGCCGCCCCUUAUGAAGGUGGUCACUGGGGACAUUCUGGUGGACAUCACCGGGCGCAACGUGUCAGAGUACCUCCUCUACACCUCUGACAGACUGCGCCUGCACAGAUAUGGAGGACUCACUGUAGGCAACAUACAGAAAUCAGUCCCAGCAUCCUUUGGGAAAAAUAAUCCGCCCAUGGUUCGCAAAAUAGCCGUGCGCAGAUCAGCUCAGGUGCUAUACAAUAAUAAAGGGUACCACAGCAUGCCAACCUAUCUCAAUGUCCUCAACAACGCCAUCCUGCGCGCCAACCUGCCUCCAGGCAAGGGCAACCCUGCUGCAUACGGAAUCACCCUGACCAACCACCCUAUGAACCGGACCAGUGCAAGGCUCUCUUUGGACUACCUUAUGAACAGGAGAGUACCAGUCAGCAGCCAGCCCAUAGAGGACGAUGAUGAGGAUGUGGCCUGUGAGAGAAGGAGAGUACUGAGACGAGAAGCUGACAACGACAUGCUGAAGAUUGACAACCUCACCAAGGUGUACAAAUCGAGGAAGAUGGGGCGUAUCUUGGCUGUGGACCGGCUAUGUUUGGGCGUGCGUCCUGGGGAGUGUUUCGGCCUCCUGGGUGUGAACGGAGCAGGGAAGACCACCACCUUCAAGAUGCUGACUGGAGACGAGAGCACCACGGGAGGAGAGGCCUUCAUAGGGGGGAGCAGUAUCCUGAAGGAGCUGUUGAGGGUGCAGCAGAGCAUUGGCUACUGUCCUCAGUUUGACGCCCUGUUUGAAGAUCUGACAGCCAGAGAGCACCUGGAGCUGUACACACGCCUCCGGGGCAUCCCCUGGAAGGACGAGGAAAGGGUGGUCUCAUGGGCCCUGGAGAAACUGGAGCUGUCCAAGUAUGCAGACAAGCCCGCUGGCACCUACAGUGGGGGAAACAAGCGCAAGCUGUCCACUGCCAUCGCCCUCAUCGGAUACCCCUCUCUCGUAUUCCUGGAUGAACCCACUACAGGGAUGGAUCCUAAGGCCCGCAGAUUCCUCUGGAACCUCAUCCUCGACAUCCUCAAGACGGGACGCUCUGUGGUGCUGACAUCACACAGUAUGGAGGAGUGUGAGGCUCUGUGCACCAGACUGGGCAUCAUGGUCAACGGCAGGUUCAAAUGCCUGGGUAGCAUCCAGCACCUCAAGAACAGGUUUGGUGAUGGUUACAUGAUCACAGUUCGGACCAAGACCAGCUCCAGUGUGAAGGAGGUGGUGAGAUUCUUCAACAGGAAUUUCCCUGAGGCUGUACUAAAGGAGAGCCACCACACUAAGGUCCAGUUCCAGCUGAAGUCAGAGAGGAUCUCCCUGGCCCAGGUGUUCAGUAAGAUGGAGCAGGUGGUGGAGGUGCUGGGGAUAGAUGACUACUCUGUCAGCCAGACCACACUGGACAARGUAUUUGUGAACUUUGCGAAGAAGCAGAGCGACAACCUGGAGCAGCAGGAGAGUUCCCCCCCUGGUGGAGGCCAGUCGCCACUGCAACGCCUGCUAACCCUGCUCAGGCCCCGGCUGGCCAACACGGAGCUCGACGCCCUGGUCAGCGAAGAACCGGAGGAACUAGAGAGUGAUGACGAUGAGGGCCUCAUCAGCUUCGAGGAGGAGAGGGUGCAGCUCUCCUUUAACACAGAUACACUCUGUUGAACUGUGGAAGCUCAGAGAGCCUGGACAGACAGAGUGGGAGGAGAAACCUCAGAGAGCCUGGACAGACAGAGUGGGAGGAGAAACCUCAGAGAGGGGGCGUGAUUGGACAGACAAAGUGGGAGGAGGAAAUUCAUAGGGGGCAUGUCUAUAGACAAAUAUGGGAUGAGGAAAUAACAUGAACUAGUCAGACAGAGGAAGAGAAUGUACCUGUUCAUUUUUGGAUUGGAAGACAACCGUCUCCAUCUACCCAGGGGAAAGUAAGAUAAGUGUUAUUUUUAUCCUCAAACACCUAACAGUGACAGAGACUGAGGCAUGGGACUCGGAGAAUGAGAUGCAGUGGGACAGAGAAGAGAAUGACAGAGAAAUGAAGUGAGCCUCUCAACGCUGUCACAGAGUCAUCGGCCAUAUUUAAAACCUGAAGUGUCCAUAAGACAAGGCCCCUGUCAUCAUGGGAAACAUACUGCUACAGUGAGAAAGCUUGUAUUUUAAUGGAGAUAUGUUGUUAUAGGAAUGUCUAUAUGUAUUUAUUUUUGAGAAUGUAUUGAUACAUGGGAACACUGAAAACCAAUGUGGUCUGUCUAGUAAAGACUAAAAUCACAAGGCUUGAUUUGGUAUUCAUGUUGCCUUCGCUAGUAGGUUGGCUUCAUUCAAUGCUGAUGAUGUCAGAAAAUAACAUAUCAUUGCUUCUGAUAUGACCACCUUACUGAGUUGAAUCUUUCAUCAGUUGUUUGACGCAGUGAAUUAGUGGUUCAUCAUUGGUCAAAUGUGUUCUGUCCCUGCCAAAGUACAAGCUUGUAUCCUUAAUGACACCCUAUUCCCUAUAUAGUGCACUACUUUUGACCAGGGCCCCAUAAGGCUCUGUUCAAAAGUAGUGCAUUA